AUGGCAUCACCGGCCCCAGAAGCUCAGACUGGGAGCUUGGAGAAUGCCGCACAGGAUCAAUCCAAUGCGGCGCCCCCAUCAAACCAGAGCGCAUCUAUCGCGGAGCCCAGCGACGGUACUCCUGUUGGCGCGGAGGCGACACAUUCUGGUGAGGACCAAGACGAAAAACACACGGAGACAGCCGCACCAUCUGCGAAGCAAGAAGACCUCGAGGACGGCGAGGUAGAUCCCGCCGCCGAUAGCUCGCCGCCGCUCCCCAAGGGACCGACGCCGGGAGGGCCACCGCUGCCGAGCGAGCCCGUUCCCGAGGACGACGGCUGGGACUGUCAGUUCGACGCCAACUCACAGGCGUGGUUCUUCCACAACCGCUUCACUGGAAAGACGCAGUGGGACAACCCGCGCAUGCCCAGCGCCGCACCCGGCACCGGCAUCGCCGCCGGAGCCGCCUCCGCACUGCCACCACCCCCUGCCCACGAGGAACCCGCGGCGGGCGGCUACAACCCGGCGAUCCACGGUGACUACGACCCCAACGCGUGGUACGCCAAGGGCACGCAGGAGGACGAGGUGCAGGUCGCCGACACGGCGGCGGCGGCGGAACUGUACGCCGCGACGGCAACGUUUAACCGGUUCAGCGGCGGGUUCCAAUCCGAAGACGCGGGCCCCGGGCGGCACGGCGACGAGGCCAAGUCGCACCGCCAGAUGAACGCCUACUUUGACGUUGACGCCGCAUCGGCCGCGCACGACGGCCGCAGCCUCAAGGCCGAGCGCCAGAGCAAGAAGCCCAGCAAGUCCGAGGUCAAGGCCUUCAAGGAGAAGCGGCGCGUGCGUAAGGAGGAGAAACGGCGGGCCUGGCUGCGUGACUAG